AAUUAUACUACCUUUCGUAUGUCCGCCACAAACCUAGAAGAGGAGAGGAGAGAAGAUAAGAACCUACCUUAUAAAUUGUCUAUUAGAAUACCCACGAAUCCACAAACCUACAAACCUGAUUUUGAGGAAAGAAGGAGAGAAGAGGAGAGAAGAGAAAAAGGUAUUGCAGUUAUAAAACUCCACAAACUCAAUUCCAAGAAGGCAUGCUAUCAUGAACCUAGGAAAGAAGAG